AUGACUUCGUCCUUCCAACCUGCUCUGCUCAACCUCCUUCGACAGCGCCUCUCUGGCAUAGACGGCGAGCUUCUUGAGCUGAAUGCCAAGCGCCGCAGUCUUGAGAGCGAGCGCAGGAUGAUCGAAGACACCCUCAAAGGCGUGGUAUAUCGCAUUGAAUCCCUUCCUGCCGACAUCCUCGCGGAAAUAUUCGUGCACUAUGUGGCUGGGGGUGCGGUCAUUGGGAUGGACGAGUCACCCAUGACGCGAUUCGGGCCGCCCACGCGGCCCGCGGCGGUGACCGGCCCGUUGGUCCUUGGGGCCGUCUGCCACACCUGGCGUGCUGUCGUGCUCGCUCUGCCCCAGCUUUGGGCUGCGGUCCAGAUUUACACGCAGAACGAUUUUGAGGCGACGGAAAAGCUGCUCAAUGCAUGGCUGCCGCGCGCGAAAAGCGCGCUUCUCGAUGUCGAAAUCGGCCUGCCCAAAAGCACACACCGUGUCCUGCCGAUGCUUGCCCCCUAUUCCAAGCGGUGGGCGGCGCUGUCGUGUGGCAUAGAGCGGGGAAUUCCGUUUGCGGGGAAUGCUGUCCGCGGGCGGGUGCCAAAGCUGCGCAGACUGGAGCUCUCGUUGCAGCUAUAUGGCGGGCCGCGCGUUAUCCCGGGCAAGGUCGAUGCCUUUUCGGUCGCACCGCUGUUGCGCGAUGUCCAUCUUGUCGGAUUCUCGCCCGCGGUGAUAGAGCUUCCAUGGGCCCAGCUUACAAAACUCCAGCUGGGCGAAGUACAAGUGAACUACGCCGUUGACGUUCUCCGUCUUACACCGCGCGUGGAGGACGUCACACUCGGGUUCGACCACGACCACUGGUCGCAGCCGCAAGGACCGCUUCCGCUCCGUCUCCCCAAUCUGCACACACUCAAAUUCGAUGACGAGGCGGACUUUAUGCAGUACCUCACACUCCCCGCCCUGUCCACUGUCUAUUUCACCCAGGGAGUUGAAGACCCGCAGCAGCUCGAAGAACUCAUCGCCCGCUCGCAAUGCAGCAUAGUGGACAUGACGCUUAUUUCCGGCGAAGUCAAAUACCUGAUAGAUGUCCUGAAACUCGUGCCGUCUCUCGUCCGCCUGCGUGUCAAGAACAUUACAUGGGCCACAAAUUCACUCAUUACCUUGUUCUCGCGUCUCAUAUCGGGUCCGCAGCAGGGAACUUCCAGCAGCGAUCUGCCAGCGACCCCGCUUGUGCCAAAACUGCGCGAAGUUACUCUCAGUCCCAUCCUGAGCUGGAUCGAGAUUCCCUACACCAAGUUGGCCCAGCUCGUCUCCCAACGCAAGGCCGUGGGCUGUCCACUUGACCACAUUGAGCUUGUCAUGGCAGGGCGCCCGUAUAAUCCGUAUGAUGAUGGCGAGCCAUCGUCGGCCGAGGAUGUUGGGCGGGCACUGGAGACGUUGCUGCGAGGAGACCACGCGACGACUGCUUGUGUGAAGAUUCGGGGAUUGCAGAACAUUGGGCCCGAUACGACUGCCGCGUCCGUUAUGCCGCCACCGUAUCCGGAGUGA